AUGUCACGCCAACCAAGACUUCAGGAGAGUCCUGGCAUUCCUUCCUCAACUCGCAAUGGACUUGAGAUUUACAUCUUCACCAACUUCCAAACCAAAGAACUCCCGAAUAAUGCCCCUCCUUCCAAAACUGUCCCGACAUUUCUAGCGCUUUACAGCUUCGGUUUCAUCUACGAGUUGGUGCUGGUGUGGGACGCCCUUCGCUUGAAAAACACCAUUCAAGUCAUCGGCCUCUGUCUGUGCAAUGUCGGCCUAUUAAUUUACGGCGCGGUGCAAGUGCAACAGAUUCGAACCUCCAUUAACACUCUGGCAGUCAUGUCAAAGAUCGACCUCGUCGUUUGGUCGGAAUCCGAGCCUUUCCUGAUCAUCAUCCCGUGUAUCGUUGCGCUCGGCACACUCCUCAUGUCCUUCGUGGCGUGGAAACUGUACGACGAAUUCGCGUGGACCAUCUAUAAGCACAUCAGUGCCGACCUGCGUAUGAAACGUCGUUAUCUGACUUAUCAGAUCUUCAUUGCUCUGCUGAAGUUCGAUUUCUUCUUUUUCUUGGGAUUCACUGUCCAGUUCUUGGUAGUCGUGUCCUCGAGCUCCCAUGAUGCCGAGUUCUACCUCACUAUUGUUGCGGUUCCCAUCACUAUCAUCAUUCUCGCCUGCAGUGCUUGGUUUGUUCGACGGGAAUCUAUGGUUGGCAUGGUCGCGAUUAUUCUUCUAUUUUUUGCGGCCAUGGCCUACUUCUGUUUCAAGCUGUACCGAAUGUACGAUCAACAAACAGCUCCCGAGUACCUUCCUGCACGAACGUCGAUGGUUUUCUUCGCCGUCAUCACCCUCUGCUUGAUUGUUGCCACCAUUAUCAACGCCUGCAUGUGCGCGAACAACUUCAACUGCGGAUUGAAGCCACACAUCAAUAGCAAGGAGGACAAGUCCGAGGAGAAGCUCACCGAGCUCUCAUCAAACAUGGGAGCUGCUCCAGUCCCGUCUCGCAUGAUGAUCGAUUGA